AUGUCGGCCUCGCUCGCUCCCGAAUGCAAUGAGGUUAAGGAGCGGUAUGACUCGUGUUUUCUUAAGUGGUACAGCGAGAAAUUUCUACGAGGCAAUGCUUCAACCGACGAAUGCGAACCACUAUUCAAAGAGUAUCGAUCGUGUCUAUCGCGAGCGUUGAAGGAUAAGGGCAUCGAAAAUAUGCUCGAGGAAGCCAGGCAAGAUAUGAAAGAAAAUGACACCCAUCAUCUUCGACGAUCAUAA